UUUUUUUCAGGCCAGGUCUUUCUUGGCUUUCAGGUUUGUUUCAUCAUCAGUCAACAUCUUUUUAUCAGGAACCAGGCUGAGCAGAAGUACCAGUAUGUUUUGCGCUGUAACUUGGACAGACCUUGCAAAUGGAUCUCAGCUUCUGCCUGUCUUUGCUUAUAUAUUACUUGCUUUCAAGCCACCACAUUUCCUAGCACAUGUCUUCCUUGGUGUUUGGGUAUGACCUAAGGUCAUCUGUACAGCGAACUGUACGGCUUCUGCAUGUUGAGAAUGGCCCUCAGGCAAGCAAGAUUUUUUUUUUUAAUUAAUUAAUUAAUUUUGUUUACUAAUGUAACUAAAGAGUUAAAGGAGAGGAAGCGAUUUGACUGUAAACUAACAAACUGAGCUGGAGGAAAAUAGCUAUCAAUGCUUUGAGUAAAACAUUCAGCCUACGUGACCUUAAUGCAGUUUCCCUUCAUUUUGACUGCUAGUGGUAUAAGAUGGUGACUUGGAGAGAAAAGCAGGAUUAGUUAUGUGGAUUUCUUCUAAAUGUUAGUAAAUGGCAGUUUCCUGAAUAAGAGUGUCUGGUCUUUUGUAGCAGUUUGGAUGGAAAAUGUCAAAGCUAAGUGCCAGGCUAUCAGAUGCAGGGAUUCAAGUUGAAUGAGGACUGAAUAAUAGAGAAGUAUAAUGGCAUAUGGUGCACUGGAAAGGGCAUAAAGGGAGAGCAACUCACUCACAGCAUCUGCUUAAAUUAAUACCACUGUCAAGUAAAGAGGAAGGGUAAAAAGUGGAAACGAAAUGUUAAAUGACUAGAAUAUAAAAUUGCUUUCAAAUAAAAGCUUUGUAAUGUAGCUCUGUUCCCCCAGCAUGUCCUGUGCUGGGCAGGAGCAGAUGUGUGAAAUUUAUCCAGCAUAUAGUAAUCAUUUUUUAAAUGGGAGAUGAGCCCUAAUUGGGAUAGAAAAAAGUUGUAUUAUCAUCUUUUCAUCAUUACCAUGUUGUUACUGUUGCAGCACUGCAGGGGGCGAUAAUGUCAAAGGGGAGUCAGUAGCUGGGACCAAAUCCUCAUUUAAGUUUGACAGUGUUUCUAGUAGAUGUUGGCAGAUGGCUUGAGCAUGAAGUAAGGCUGCGGUUUAGGAAAGGCCUCAGAGAGGACUGGUGGCGGCUCCCGGGCUGGGCAGAUCCCAGUGUACUAAUGAGAAGUGAAUUUAUUGCACAAACAGCUUGUAGUGCAGGAGGUGGUCAUACAGACAGAGAACCAGGGGCACAUAUCGUCGUUUAUCUCCAAUUCACAGCAGUUUAAUGUGCAAUAAGAUUAAAAUGUGUGGCAAUUUUCUGCCAUGAAGACUUUAUAGUCAAUCAAUUUUCAAUAAAUCAGUUACCAUAGUCGUCAGACUGAUCUGGUGUGAGAUGAUCUGAGAUCACCGUAUAAGCACAACAUUUACACAGUCUCUCUUUUGGUGCUUGUUACAGUUUCUCAGCAUAUCAAGUGGAGUAAAAUCAUGUAUGACGCCAGGUGCUAAGUAAUUAGGACAUACACAGUGUUUAUAGGUGAAGGUGUAAGGAUAUAAUUGGCUUGCUACGAUGCAUGAGUGUCUGUUCUAAUGUAUUUAUGACAGCUAAUCAGGCUUAGUGGAGCUGGGUCAUCACACAGUUUUGUGAGUGGGUGCAAGCGGUGUGCAUCAAGACAGAUGAGCCCAUGUGUACUCUGCUUUGUUGAUCAGUUUUUUUCUUCAUAUUUCUUAAAGCCUCAUAGAAAUACAUUAAAUGGGAUUUAAACCAUCACUUCUCAACAUAAACAGAAAGGAUGAUGCCGACGUUGACCCCUCACAUACCGGUACCACAGCCCACCUAUUCCCAGGCCAGGGAGAAUCUGGUGAGAGCUAUCCCACCCAAGCUCCUCUGUCUACUGGCCUGUGGAGGUAAAGAUUGUCGCUACGAGGGACCAGAGUGCUGGAAGCUGAACCAGCAAGUUAUUCGAGGCAUUUUCUCCUCCUGGGUAACAGAUGACAUAGUUGCCAUGGCAAGACCAUCAAGUUAUCUAAUUGAGAAGUACAACAUCAUAGAUCAGUUUCAAAGGUUAAACAUCAGGUCGAUCGUUAACAUGCAGCUCCCAGGCGAGCAUGCUCACUGUGGACCUCCUCUGGACCCUGAAAGUGGUUUCACCUACUCUCCUCAGAUCUUCAUGGACAAUGACAUUUACUUUUACAACUUUGGGAUGCCAGAUUUUGGAGUGUCAUCUCUUGUUGGGUUAAUUGACGCAGUGAAGGUUAUUGCCUUUGCGGUGAGGGAAGGAAGAGUGGCCGUGCACUGUCAUGCAGGCCUGGGGAGGACAGGUGUCCUGAUAGCUUGCUACUUAAUCUACACCUUGCGUAUCAGCCCGAGUGAGGCCGUCCACUUUGUGCGGAUUAAACGACCUCGCUCUAUCCAAACCCGGGCACAGAUAAGCAAGGUGUUUGAUUUUGCUCGCCUGCUUAGCACACAGCUGGUUCAAUACCCAGACCUUAGCCUGAGACACGGAGCCCCUUUCACCCUGCAGCACUAUCUAAACCGACAAGCACUCCUACUGCACGGCAAGGAGGCUCGCAAUCUCAGACAAACACCAAAGGUGGUGUACCUCCUGUGUGUGCGUCUCUCCUGCUUGGCUCUGGGUCUUCCUUCACCUCCAGAGGUCUAUACUGAACUGGACAAGAGGUCCGCACUUAGGGUCCUGAGCAGCACUGUGAGAGAGACUCUGGUGUCCAAGCAGUACUUGCCCUUGCUGAGAGAAGGUCAUAGAAGCUCGUGGGCAGGUUCGGGGUCAAUGUCCUCAUGGGAUGACCCGUUAGGAUUCUUGGAGAGGAAGAGGGAGGUACUGAUGGACAAACGCAGCUACAGUGACUCUGAUCUCAGCAAGAUCAAGGGAUCGGAGCUGAAUCCAUACUGCACCACAGCUCUUGGAGAUGAGAAACACUGGUGUUUGCCGGAACGUAUGCGAGCUGAUCUCAGACCAGUUAGUCCAGUUUUUGGUGGGCUUUCAUCAGGCUACCAAACCACCAAAAAGGAAACUCAUAUACUCAAUAUUCCAGUGUCCAGCAUGAGAACAAACAGCAGCUGUGCUAAGCAGUCAAACUGCAAGGCUAAAAAGGCUCUACCCAAAUACAGUUCCAAUGUGGAGCUGUGCAGAAAUCCACAUAACCUAGGCCCGACCUCGACGGCUCGUCCUGUAGCUAAAGCAAUGUCAGAGCAGGGUCCUCCAGGAGAAACAGUUCUGCAAAGGUCGGCUCUGCUGCAGGAGGAACUGAAUAGUAGUGAGUGUGGCUGGGCUCUGCUGGUCACUGAAUCAGAUCCUCAUGUUCUCUGCUGUCUCUUGUGGACCUGGCUGGAGAAGCUGAGGGACCCUGUCCUCAGUGCCGAGGACAUAGAAAGACUGAGUAUUAGAGCAAGCAACAGGAAUCCUCUCAGUGUGCUCAAGAAACCACAGAGACACACCAUUUACUGUCUGCUGAGCUGCGUGAGCACAGUCACCAGCCUUUGUCCACACAGAGAGGAGGCAGUGCUUCACCGCCUGAUACGGGCACUUACAAGGCGCUCCCAAGAGGAAAUGGAAAGCCUUGCACCUCUAAUGAAAGUCAUGAAGGCCACUUUGAGAGAAACCUUCCACAACUACAGAUACUUCACUAGAGCCUGCAGCACCAAUGCUACACUUUGAAGACAAGAGUUUAUACAGAAACAAAAACUGAUACUGCAUAUUGUUGUUGUUGGGCUUCCCCCCCCCCCCCCCCCA